ACUGUCGUCGCACUCGCCCCCCUCUUUCGCUGAGCACGCCUCCACGCCACACUCAGUCCAGCCGUCCUCUCUAGUCCCAACCGAAAGCACGCGGCGCCACCUCUCUUGCUGGCUUGCUGCCCGCUCGUUAAGCGUGCUCCUCCUCCUCGUCGGCCGGACUGCUGUGGAGUGGGGAUCUAUCCAUCCAUCCAUCCGGGCUUCGAUUGCUUUCGUCUUUCGCUGUGGUGACUGACUGGUGAGGGGACGAUAUGAGGCAGUGGUUUUGUUGUAAUUGCCACUUUGACGAUGAGGAAGAUGGCCAUGACAAGGAGCAAUCCAAAGCUCAGAGCAAUAAGAUAGACGCCAAGCAGAAGUCUUCGAAAUCUCCUGCUAGUCAACCUGAGCCAGAGAUUUCCCCUCCUACAAUAGAUGUCCCUGAAUUGUCGUUGGAAGAUUUGAAACAAAAGACAGACAAUUUUGGAUCAAAUGCUCUGAUUGGUGAAGGUUCUUACGGAAGAGUAUAUCAUGCCACUUUGGAUGAUGGGAGGCAAGCGGCAGUAAAAAAACUUGAUGCAUCCGAAAAUGAGCCUAAUGAUGAAUUCUUGAAACAGGUCUCAUUGGCAUCAAAGCUAAAACAUGAAAAUCUUGUUGAGAUGUUGGGUUACUGUGUGGAGGGAAAUUAUCGUAUACUGACAUAUGAAUUUGCAACCAUGGGUUCUCUUCAUGAUGUUUUGCAUGGAAGAAAAGGCGUUCAAGGUGCACAGCCUGGGCCUGUGCUCGACUGGAUGCAGAGGGUCAAAAUUGCUAUUGAGGCUGCAAAAGGCAUAGAAUAUCUGCAUGAGAAGGUUCAGCCUUCAAUCAUCCAUCGGGACAUCAGAUCAAGCAACAUACUGCUGUUUGAGGAUUUUAAGGCGAAAAUUGCAGACUUCAAUCUCUUAAAUCAAGCACCAGAUAUGGCAGCUCGCCUCCAUUCAACUCGUGUAUUGGGAACUUUUGGAUAUCACGCUCCAGAAUAUGCUAUGACUGGCCAGCUGACACAGAAGAGCGAUGUCUAUAGCUUUGGUGUGGUCCUCUUGGAACUUCUGACUGGAAGGAAACCAGUAGAUCACACAAUGCCUCGUGGACAACAAAGUUUAGUCACUUGGGCUACUCCAAGAUUAAGUGAAGACAAGGUCAAACAAUGUGUAGAUCCUAGGUUGAAGGGUGAAUAUCCUCCAAAGGGAGUCGCUAAGCUUGCUGCAGUGGCAGCUCUAUGCGUGCAAUAUGAAGCAGAGUUCAGGCCCAAUAUGAGCAUUGUUGUGAAGGCGCUCUCUCCUCUCCUCCAACAAAGACCAGCACCGGCUGCCUCAGAGCCGACCCCAGCACCUGAGAGUUGAGAUGUUCCGUGUGAUGGGACCUCGCCGCAUACACCAACUUGCAAUCAGGCAAUCAGUACUUUCUGUGAGUAACUGGGAGAAUAUUUUGGAUGUUUAGUUUGUGGGGCUCUCGAUUGGACACAGCCAUUUGUGGCCACCUAGGUUUGCUGCUUGAGAUUUGUGCCGUACAUUGGUCUGCUGUAGGCUCAAAGUUAUUUGUUUCCUUCUUGCCCAACUAUGUGUAGGUUUUCGGAUUUUGCCUUGUUUGGAAGAAUAGAUGUAGGAUGAUCUGAAUUUUUCAUCUUUGCCGUGGUGUAGUUGCUACCAUAUUUCCGGUGCUGGUCUAUCAGAAAUCUUGGCAUUGUUGCCCGUAA